AUGCCUCAGCAAAGGAGUGUCAAAUUGGCUUUCCAGUCGUUGACAGCAGGCCGAAUUCUUUAUGCCUCUGGUGACCUCGCAAAUGCUAGCAUUAAUCGCAGUCCCCUUUCCUAUCAGCAAAAUCCGGAGACAGAACGUAAUCUCUAUCCUCAUGACGUUGAUCAACGGAUGCUGCUUCUAAAGUUUGUCGCAAACGAUGGACGAGAACUUGGAGCCCUCAAUUGGUUUGCAGUACAUGGCACCAGUUUGAACAAAACAAACCGCCUUGUCAGCAGCGACAACAAGGGCUUGGCCGAGUUGCUCUUUGAAAGAUGGAUGAAUGAUGUUAACACCGGUAAGGGUGUGAAGGGACACAACUUUGUGGCCGCAUUUGCUCAAGCCAAUGAAGGCGACGUCUCACCGAAUACGCGAGGAGCACGGUGUGUUGAUACUGGGGCGCCCUGUGAUCCUCUCACUAGUGCCUGUAGCAAUGGUAAGGUUCAAAAAUGCAUCGCUCUUGGACCAGGCGCCAACGGAGAUAUGUUUGAAAGUGCAAGGCUGAUUGCUCAACGUCAAUUCGAAAUGGCUAAGGAGUUGUAUAUUAAAGCGAAUCGCGAAUUGAUUGGUGAAAAUGAUGCAGUCAUAGAUUUUCGCCAUCAAUUCGUCGAUAUGACCAAUGUCAAUGUCACUUAUGGAUCCGGAGAACACAAAGGCGUCACCACCGGAAGAACGUGUACCCCGGCACUUGGUUAUAGUUUUGCGGCUGGCACUACAGAUGGACCCGGAAUAGCCGAUUUUACGCAAGGUAAACGUAUGUUGAAUGAAACCACCUUCUGGUCCCUUCUCAGUCGUCUCCUUCCCAAACCUUCCAAGGACAUGAUUGAGUGCCAUGCUCCAAAACCAAUCCUCAUUCCAACCGGUCUGAUGAACUAUCCCCUUCCAUGGCAUCCCAGUAUUGUGGAAACACAGAUUUUCCGAAUCGGUCGGUUAGUGAUCGUCGGGCUACCGGGAGAAUUUACCACUAUGGCUGGACGUCGAAUAGUUCGUGCUAUGUCUCAGGUUAGCGCACAAUUAAAAGAAACCUGA